CUCACUUCCAAAAACCAACAUGGCAGCAGGCACGCGCUCAACCGACCGCUCGGCCGAUCGCCGUGUGCGUCGGUCCCAUCGCUCGCGCAGUCGCUCGCCGUCCGCUUCACGCUCCCGUCGCUACUCACACCGCCGCUCCUCGAAACGGCGCAGUGUGAGUCGCAGCCAUAGCCGAGAACGCUCCCGACGUUCCAGUCGCCACCACCAGAGCCGCAGGCGCCACCGAUCGCGCUCUCGCUCGCACUCCAGAAAGCGCCACAAGCGACACCGUCGUGAUAGCGAUGACAAGCGAUCCAGGCGUCGCUCGCACUCUAAAUCCAGGUCUAGGUCGACGGCUAGAGCAAAGGAGAAGAAGCAAAACGAUAAGCCGACCAUUACGUCGCCUUCCGCCUCGCUCUCGCAAGAUUCUCAGACCGAGAAGUCCGUAGUUGAUGCAGAUAAGACACAGGUUAAUACGACUGAAGAUGUGGCCAUGGAGGACGUCUCAGAACCUCAGAAAGAGGCGCAAUUGACUCAGACUUUGGCCAAGAUCGCAGUCCAAGAAAUCAAAAAGGAGGAAGCUACAGUCGACAAGAAGGAGGAGGCAACUAAAGCUGUCAAUCAGGAGUCUGAUGACAAGCAAGAGCCAACAACUCCCAAGCCAGCGCUCGAUGUGAGCUCAAUCAAAGCAGAUAUCCUCAAGGCGCUCGCCGACGCCAGAAGUACCAUCGCCGUGAUCAAGAAAAGCGGAGCCAACACCUCCGUUGCAACCACCCCCACAGCAGCAACAGCCCCAGUCACUGUCGGAAAGGAAAGCGAAGAAAACCCAGUAGAAUCACCUAAGAAAGAGACGACCCCGUCACCACAGCAGCCAACUCCAUCUCCAAAGAAGACCGUCCCUACUGACGAGUUCGACAUGUUCUCAAUGGCAGCUCUGGAUGACCAUAACGAUGCAAUGAACGGCAGCACAGGCGUCGCUGCAAUAACAGUGGAUGAAGUAGCAUUACAAUCCAAUUGCGACGACGCUGAAGGGUACUAUUCCACUACAAUUGGAGAGGUGCUGAACGGCAAGUACCGUGUGCUCGGUACUGUCGGAAAAGGCGUGUUCUCCACGGUACUGCGCUGUCAGUGCAUCACUCCGCUAACGACCGAUACUGGUCACUCCCUCAGUGUCGUCGCAGUCAAACUUAUCCGGAACAACGACGUCAUGCGUGAUGCUGCACAAACGGAACUGAAGCUUCUCAAAGAAUUAGGAAAGCGUGACCCACGCGACAAGAAACACUGCAUCCGACUACUAGACUCGUUCACGCAUCGGAACCACGUAGCCAUGGUGUUCGAGCCCAUGCAGAUGAACGUUCGUGAAGCCAUGAAGAAGUUUGGAGGCAAAGGAGGCAUUUCGAUCCAAGCUGUACGGAUUUUCAGCAAGCAUCUGCUUGUCGCGCUUAAUCAUCUGGAAUCCUGCGGUGUUAUCCAUGCUGGUACGGAUAAAAGAAUGUAUUUGGAAGUGGUUAAAUAACUAAGUUGUUAUGAACAGAUAUCAAACCGGAUAACAUGCUGCUGGAUGAGAAACAAACGACCAUCAAGCUGUGCGACUUUGGCUCGGCGUUUAAAGCGGACAACGGGAAGCAGGACCCGACGCCGUAUCUUGUUAGUCGGUUCUACCGCGCGCCCGAGAUCGUGCUGGGUCUUGCCUACGACAAAGCGGUAGAUAUGUGGUCUGUCGGUUGUUGCUUGUACGAGAUGUUCACUGGCAAAGUUAUGUUUCCAGGGAGCACGAACAACGAGAUGCUCAAAUUCUUUAUGGAGCUCAAGGGCAAGAUCCCGAACAAGUUGAUUAAGAAGCAUCGUCAGGCGUAUAUCGACCAAUUCGAGAUGGAACCGCACUUUACGGAAGACCUCAAGUUCUGCAGCCGAGAAAGCGACCGUGUAACGGGUAAACCUGUGUUGCGCUUGAUGGACACCAUCAAGACCAAGAACGAUCUUGUUGGCAGUCUGAUGGCAGCGAAGAGCGCCACGGAUGACCGGAAGCAGGUGCUGGAGCUGCGUAGUCUACUGGAUCGGAUGUUCACGUUGGAUCCGACGAAGCGCAUUACAGUGAGAGAUGCACUAGCGCACCCGUUCGUGAAAGGCUCGUGAGAAGGACAACAGAGACUUGAUCCAGUGAACUUCCCAAGUAAGCCGGCAUCGUACUACACAGACUGGUUUCCAGUUUCAUGGCCUGCCCGUUAUGGUAAAGCUGAAUGCUUAGUUGCUCUUUCUCUUCUGCUAACCCAAGCGUUUGUUCCGUUUUACCGUGCAACAUGACCGAUUCGAUUUGAAACUGUUUCUGAAUAUUUGCUUAUUGUCUCCUUCCUAUCUGGCCGUGGGUAAAUGACUCAUUUGAGAAGUUGUGGCAUGGAGUGGGGUACGUGUACGUUAACUUACGUUGUAUCAGGUUGAUCAUUGGGAGCUACGCUUCAAUCCAAGUUUCAGCAUAACCACUUUCCACAAAGCUCCAUGAAAACCGUAUCUACUAUCGCCGCAGCUUCCAUUGCGCCUGUCACCGUUGCUUACCAUGUCGAGUUUUUGGCAGAGAGAGAUGUUGGGUUGAAUACAUACACAAUGGGAAUCCGCGCCACCAUCAAUGACGAUAGUUUUUGCGGUGGAUCGCUGAUCUCUUCUACGCAUGUACUGACUAGGACGGCGUGUCGUGGUAGUGUACUAAGCCGGCGAGUUGGGUGUCUGUAGGCUCUACCUCAAUGGCACACAUGACGGCGAGCAGAUUAAAAACAGACCGCGCACAAAUCUAGCAUCUACAUCUAGACGACAUGAUGUUUUGGGCUGAAGCUGUCGAUAUCGAGACUUCAGAUUAAAUAAAACUUGCUCAUAGUUUCAUGA